AUGACAUGGAUUCGAGAUUGCGACUUACAUCAUCCCCAAUGUCAUCCCACAGAUAUAUCACGCGUCCAAGUUCCAACACGCCUGAUCGAAGUUGGGCAGGUUUAUAGUGGAAGCUCGAAGGUCUUCCUCCGCGAAGCAUUGCCGUAUAUGUGUCCAACUGGAGGCGAACUUCGAUAUAUUGCCCUAUCACAUCCUUGGGGCAAUGGAAAUGAUCAUGACCAUUUCUGCACCACGAAAGAAAAUCUUGAUAGUCGACUAAGUGCUGGAAUUUAUGUAGAGAAUCUCCCAAGCACAUUCAGACAUGCAGUCGAGGUGACCCGGGCACUUGGCGUCCCAUACCUCUGGAUCGACUCGCUAUGUAUUGUGCAAGGGCCUGAUGGGGACUUCGACACUGAAGCCAAAAGGAUGGAGGCCGUCUUCAGCUCGGCAUAUUGCGUCAUUGCAGCGAGUCGCGCUAACGGAACAUCAAGUGGCUUUUUGUGGAAAAGGCCUGAGCGCGAGGUAGUGAGAUUGGAUGGAUAUCUUGCCGAUAAUCCAGUUUACGUUUGCGAAUAUAUCGACGACUUUCAGCACGAUGUGAUAGAAGGGGCUUUGAAUACACGUGGAUGGGUCCUGCAAGAACGUGCUCUUGCGUCAAGGACCAUAUACUUCACCGAGAAGCAGACCUAUUGGGAAUGUGGCCAGGGCGUGCGCUGCGAGACAUUGACAAGAUUAACAAAUAGCCAGGCGUCAUUCCUUGGGGAUCCCAACUUUCCCAAGUUGGCUAUGAGGUCAACCAGAGGAGCAAAGAUCCGCUUUUAUGAAUCACUGUAUAGACAAUACUCAAACCUCGAUUUCACAAAGAUUCAUGAUCGGCCUAUAGCAAUAGCCGGGCUAGAACAACGGCUAAUCAGUGCUUUUAAAACGGAAGGCGGAUACGGUAUAUUUAACGGAGCAUUCUUUGGGCGCAGCCUCUUAUGGACAAGGGAUAUACAGCGAAGUCAUGGCCUGAAAUUGAUCAACUUUCCCCCAGGCCAAAAGUUCAGAGUCCCGACAUGGUCGUGGACAGCGUAUGAAGGACCCAUCACAUACUUAGACAUACCUUUUGACCAUGUUCGAUGGACAUACAACACUGCAGAAGGAGGCGUUCGUUCGCCAUGGUCAACUAUGGAGUCAGAUUCUACCUCAUUCUCGUUACACACAGGGGAACUAAACGGAAGAAUUGACCUUACUGCCCAAGCACGACAAUAG